AUGAACGGCAUCACCUACACCUCUGGUGACACAGACGAUGGGAGGGUCUUGUCUCCAUUCGAGACCUUCUUGUGCAAGCUCGCCCAGAUCUGUGACACCAAGAAAGGCGGCGACACCAUUACAGGCAUGGUUGCCUUGAAAGGGGACAUUGGCCCCAAGUAUCUGUUCACACUGAACAACGGCAAGAAGAUGGAACUAGAGAGUACAAAGGGCUUUCUCGAGGGCAUGCUCACGUUCGUCAGCAUCAACCCGGACGGCCUGGACGUGAAGCCCCUGCAGAAAAAGGCUUUGCAGGAGAUCCAGACCAAGUCCCGCUUCCCUCGCGACAUCACUGCCGGUGACAAUCCCAAAUUCAAGUUUUUCAAAGACUGCGAGACGCUCAUCAAAGCCAUCCAUUUUGCCAAAGAGACUGGCGCCAGCGAGGGCAUCAAUCGGUUUGCCAGCGCCAUCGAGGCAGUGACUUCGCAUCCUUGGUGCGAGCUCCGCCACUACCUUGGUCGGCUGUAUUCGUAUCGUCUGGCGGCUGAAACAAUUGUGAAAGCUUCAUUCCAGUGGCCUGAGCUGUUCAGGGGAUUCACCGUCGAGUACAUUCCGUCCAGUCGCAGGAUCAAGCUCCCUCUAACGCAACCGGCGCCUUCCAAGAUGAAGGUGAUCCAAAUCGCUUUCCCAGAAAUGGACCUUGAAGAGUACAUCGAACAGAUUGAAGAGCUUGAGGAACAUGGCUUGCAAGAUCACCUCCAAGAUGAGCUGCUCCGUCAUAAGCCACUUCGUCAGUUUGUACAUUGCGAGGUUCAUCUACAGGACUUCCUCAUCGGGGACAAGAAGACGGACCCGUCUCAGUACUGGAAUAAUUCCAUGUUCAUUGCGACCAGCAAGCCACCUUGUCGGCUAUGCCACUACUAUUUCAAUGACAUGGACAACGAUUUCGAGGUCCAGUCUUCGCAUAUGAACGUCUACCCCAAAUGGCGGCUCCCUUCAAUUGGCGACGAGCAAGGAGAUGAUGCUGGGGAACAACAGAAAGAGCUUCUUGAGGACAUCAUCGAGCAGAUGCAACAGGACAUCCUCCGCAUUGUCAGGGAGAAAUUCCCCCAGGGAAAAAGGAACGACUCGCGUACGGAGUCACGAGGACUGACCACUGCGAUGAGCAGCUACGAGGGAGAAGGGUCCGACAUGCGAAGUUCGACUCAGUGGCCCACUCUAGCGGGAAGAUUAUCGCGUGGAAGCGACUUUGACAUACGAUCCAUCCCAGAAAGGCUGGACGAGGACUUCGACUUUCGUAACCCGCACGGCGUUGGAGCCGCUGUGUGA